AAAAGCGACUUAAGACUUUUGCACUGUCACUGUUGACCGAGACCAAUCAAACACUCAGACCUUCUGGUAGCCGGAUGCACUUGAUAAAAUUAGAUUAACAGUGGCCAAUUCCUGAUGGAGCAAAGCCUGAGCCUUCACCCAAUCCAUUAAUUCUGUGUUGAAGUUUAAGUCGUUUACCUGUUCUGAGUAAACCUGUAGCGCCAGCCUAGCUAGCCUAAAUAAAGGUUUCUCCUUUUGCUCUACACGGACUGGGGGAUGCUUUGCCAGCCUCUGAGCUGAAGCACCAGCGUUCAUGGAGCCUGGCCGCCUGACUCCCCGGACAUCUCCGGCUCCUGACGCUGGCUUGGACAAGUCUUUCCGCAGGAUAUCGGUAAACGACUCGCCGAUGGUACAAGGAUCGGGAUGGCUCUUUUCCCCGCUGUGGAGUCCUCGAUCAAAGAUGCAAAGCGAAAAGUUUGGAGGCAAUACGUCAAGCGAUCAAGCAUGGCUGGAUGAUCACUCUGACUUUACCAGGGCGUACUUUUCACGGAGAACUUCGGUGGUGAGUGGUCCCCAGCCAGAGAUGGCCCCACAUAGCCCCAGGUUUCCCAGGAGCAGUUCAGAACACUCUAACCUCCUCAUGAUGUCCCCUCAUCGCAGAACUUCUGCCCCAGUUACCAGCUCACACCUGGACAUGUCCUCAUCACCAGACAGGCUCAACCCCCUCACUUCAAAUCUCAUGGCCCCUGAGUGGGCAGAACACUUGUGUCACUCCCCUUACUCUCCAAGAUCUCCCCGCAUCUCUCGCUUGAGUUUUUCCCCCUACCGUCCAAUUUCUCCUAUUUGCCCCUGCUCCCCAAACUUGUCCUACAGCCCACAGGUUCUGCCGCCAGUCGUGCCAAAGGUCGCUGCCUGUGGCCGCGGUGAGGGCUGCACGUGGAUGAUGGGGCUGCUGGGAGGAGGCCUAAGAGGAAUGGGCUCUGUUGUAGAGCUCUGCCAGGGGGCUGUCAAUCAUGUUGCAGAGCUGCUGGUAGCUGAGGGUGGCAGCCUGUCACUUGUGAUAAAAGACUCUGGUGGAAGGAGCAACUUGGAGGAGGUGAUGAGCUUAACAGCAACUGGAUGUUUGAGUGACAGCAGCCUGUGCAGUCAUGCACAUCAGGAGCUGUUAAAGGGCAUCAUGGAAUGCGUGUUGGCUACAGGUUCACCAAUGAACCUGAGGGAUGCAUCUGAGGACCCCAGAUUUAAUGUAUAUAACAAUCAGUCAUCAAAGAUCAGGACUGUUUUGAGCGUACCCAUCAAGAACCACAGGGGAGAGGUGGUUGGCGUAGUGGUAAUGAUCAACAAAAGAAACGGUUGUGAUGGCUCACUCUUUGCAUUUACUAACAUGGAUGAAAAGGUGCUGUCAAAUCAUAUGGAUGUGUUGGGAAUGGUUCUGGAUAAUGUUCAGCUCUAUGAGAGCUCAAGGCAGGAGGCGAAACGCAGCCAGGCUUUAAUAGAGAUGGCAAAAGUAUUAUCAAGGGAGCAUUAUUCCUUUGAGGUUCUGCUGAGUAAGAUGGCUGCCACUAUCAUGCCCUUCACACACGCUCAGUAUUGCACCAUCUUUAUUCCCAGUGAUCACUCUUCAGUUCCAGAGGAUGAGAUUUUAUUCUCGCGUGUGAUACACUUGGAGUGUGAGGAGCUUGGAUCAAGUUGCCAGAUCUACAGAAGGGAGCGUGACAUCAGCGACGUUGAUCCAUCGUAUGCCUGUCGAACACUGAUAGCCAUGGAAACACUUAAUAUGGCCAAGAGCUCUGAGGAAUCAAUAAGGAGUAUCAUCUGCUGCCCUGUUAGGAACGAGAGGUCUGAAAAUGUUAUCGCUGUGUGUCAGCUCAUGAACAAAAGGAGCAAAGACUCGGGUGAAUUGGAAGCCUUUAAUCGAUAUGAUGAGCGGCUCCUGGAAGACCUGGCUGUGUACUGUGGCUUGGCCUUACAGUAUGUUCAGGCUGUGCAGAUCACUGAGGUGCGAAGGGCCAGUAUAGAAGUCACACAGGAGGUUCUUGCCUAUCAUAUCACUGCAGCAGAGCAGGAAAUCCAGGCGUUGCAGGAGGCCAAUAUUCCCUCAGCUGAAUCAUUGAGUAUUCUAGACUUCCAUUUCUCUGAUUUUGGCUUACCAGAGGAUCGAACCGCCCAGGCCACUGUUCGCAUGUUUCUGGACCUUAACUUGGUGCAGGAUUUUAACAUUGAUUACAAGAGUUUGUGCCAGUGGGUCCUAAGUGUGAGGCGUGGCUACAGGAGCAACGUGCCUUAUCACAACUGGAGCCAUGCACUGAGCACUGCUCAAAGCAUGUUUGCCAUGCUCAUGGCUACGGACCAGCUCCAGGAUAUAUUUUCCCGUCUGGAGAUCUUAGCAUUGAUGAUAGCCACCCUCAACCAUGAUAUCGAUCACAGAGGAGUUAGUAACUCCUACAUAGAAAGGUCUCAGCAGCCUUUAUCUCAGUUGUAUGGACACUCCUCCCUCGAGAACCACCACUAUAACCUGUGCCUCUUCAUCCUAAAUAAUACUGGGAGUCAGAUUCUCAGCAGUCUGUCAAAGGAGGACCACAGAACUGUGCUGCACAUGAUCAAAAGAGCAAUCCUUGCCACUGACUUAAACGUCUACAUGCAGAGAAGAAAAGAGUUCUUUUCUCUUGCUGAGAAAAGCAGGGUGAACUGGAAUAGUCAGAAACACAGAGAUUUGUUGAGGUCGAUUCUGAUGACAGCUAGUGACCUCUCUGCUAUCACAAAGCCUUGGCCUGAACAACAAAGGAUUGCCAACCUUGUUGCCAUGGAGUUCUUUGCACAAGGGGACAAAGAGAGAGAAGAGUUCAAAAUCAAGCCUAUUGACAUAAUGAACAGGGAAAACAGCACACGUCUGCCAUAUAUGCAAGUUGAAUACAUUGAUGACAUUUGCUAUCCGCUCUACAAGGCUGUAUCAAGACUGUUUGAUGCCUGCUCUCCAUUGAUGAAUGCUUGUAAGAACAACAGAAAAAACUGGCUGCAACUUGCUGAAGACAAAGAGGAAGAAAAAGAAGAAAGCAAUAGUAAUUCAGUCUUGGAAAUACAGAAAAGCAGUGAGGAAGAAAGACUCACAGAGGAUGAAGAAACACAGGACGAAGAAAAAAGCACAGAGGAUGAUGAAACACAGGAUGACGAACCACAGACAGAGGAUUAGAGGAAUGGACAGACAAUGAGGAUGGAUGACUUUUGAAGCAGAAAGAAAUUUUACCAGGCAAUCUGUUGGUCUCCAUCUUGUCUUUGACACAUCCUCUUAAUCAGUUUAAGUGGCAAAGACUGUCAGGCCUACACAUUAUGCUGGAAUUAUGUCCAAAAAGAUUUAAAGCAAAUUCAAGCGUAAGUCUAAACUCCACUAUAUGUGGUGUCAGUGAGGUCAAGUCUUCAAUCUGUUUUAUAGGCACUGAAGCUGUAACUGCCAAAUUAAUUUGAUUCCAUUCUGCAAUCUUUCUGAAGAACUAUUUUGAUUUAGUCACUGACAUUUACAAAUUUGCAAAUGCAAAAUGCUAAAAUGUGUGUGCAAAAUCUAACAUUUGCUAAAUGUAGUUCUUCCCUACCUCAUGUUAUCAACUUAAUACAAUCAAUUUGCAGUUUUACACAGUUUUUGAUGUACUCAGGGAGUAGAUUUGCACUGAUAUGAAAUAAAAUGUGUUAUUUUUAUAAUAAAUAAAUAGGCGGCCUAUUUACAAUAGCUAGUGUUAUCACUACAAUUGUAAAACAAUCAAUUUAAAUAUUAUUGUGAGAUUGUGUAUUGUUCUAAAAUUUAUCUGUAAAGUAUAUAUUGCCGACUUGAUGUGUCCCUACCCCUUAGGGCGCACCCUUUGGUCUUCAGGCCAGAGCUUCCUGAAGGUCCUAAAGACCCGUUUUAAAACCUGAGAAGACCUGGCUUUUCAGGCUGUAGCCCCCAGAUUCUGAAAUGACUUGCCCCUGUCCCUCUGUGUGGUCGACUCUGUGGACUCUUUUAAAAAGCAGUUGGAAACAUAUUCAGGAAAGCUUUUUGUUGAUGGUUAUUUAUUUUAUUAUGUUAUUUUAUUGCACCCAUUUAUUUACAGCACUUUGUGAUUUUAUCUGUGAAAAGAGCUUUAUAAAUAAACUUACCUACCUACUUUUUGAGAUAGUGUUCAUGGCUGGUGACACUUCCUCCAGCAGUAGCUGAGGCAGCAAAGUUGGUCAGAUUGUUGGUUCAGUCCCCAGCUUUCCCAGUGUAGGUGUUUAAUUACCCUUAGACAAAUUUUUUAACCCCACAUUGCUCCAAGUUUGUUGACACUGUGAAUGAAAAAUAUUAUUCUGCUCUAUAAAAGUAUUAGUAUGAGAACCUGAAAAGUGUUUCUGCAGUUAAUGUCACUGUUGAUGCAGUGUUGUGAUAAGCCUUUGAUUCUGAAUUACAAGCACAGUUUUUUUUUUUUUUUAAUGAAUAAAUGUGGAUUUAUUUCAGUUAGGUCACUUUAAAUAACUGACCAAACACUAUUGUGCCACAGA